CUCGGCCCCUCCCCGGAGUCGCUUUGUCCCGGGUGACGGCAGCGGAGGUUGCAGGGAGCAGCGGGCAAAAGACACAGACCCACCGGCCCACGGACCUCGAGACUGGGAGGCGGGGCGCGCCGCGCUCGGUCCCACGCCCAGGCCCCGGGCCCCGCGCCCUGCGCCCUCCCCCGCGCGCUCUCACGGGCCGGCAGGUGAGUGGGCAGCGCCGCGCCGGCACUCGGUGGCCCCCGCGGAUCGUGAGAGCCGCUGCCUCCACCGGCGCAUCGUGGACGCCCAGCAGGAAUGAGGGGAGAAUCCUACUUUCUGGGAAUGAGGACCCCUGGGCAGCAGGGGCUCAGCCUGGAAGAUGGUGGACUUUUCUUUCUCUGCUGCAUAGACAGAGACUGGGCUGUCACUCGGUGCUUUGCAGAAGAGGCCUUUCAGGCCAUUACAGACUUCAACGACCUCCCCAAUGCUCUGUUUGCCUGCAAUGUGCAUCAGUCCGUGUUUGAAGGAGAGGAGAGCAAGGAGAAGUUUGAGGGGCUGUUCCAGGCUUAUGAUGACUGUGUGACCUUCCAACUAUUUAAGAGCUUCAGACGAGUCCGAAUAAACUUCAGCAAUCCUAAAUCGGCAGCCCGAGCCAGGAUAGAGCUACACGAAACCCAAUUCAGAGGGAAAAAAUUAAAGCUGUACUUUGCACAGGUUCAGACUCCAGAGACAGAUGGAGACAAGCUGCAUCUGGCUCCCCCACAGCCUGCCAAACAGUUUCUCAUCUCACCUCCUUCAUCUCCUCCUGUCGGCUGGCAGCCCAUCAGCGAUGCCACCCCUGUCCUCAAUUAUGACCUCCUCUAUGCAGUGGCCAAACUAGGACCAGGAGAGAAGUAUGAGCUCCACGCAGGGACUGAGUCCACGCCAAGUGUGGUCGUGCAUGUGUGUGACAGUGACAUAGAGGAAGAGGAGGAUCCAAAGACUUCCCCAAAGCCAAAAAUCAUCCAAACGCGGCGUCCCGGCCUGCCACCCUCUGUGUCCAACUGAGCUUAUUGCUCCAUCUUGAUAACAUCUAUCUCCUCUUUAUCAUGCUUUUCCCCCAUUUGUUGGAAAAAAUAUUAAUUGCCUUUAAAUCCCUGGGUGUUCGGUUGUUUGAGAUUCCUUCCUUGUAAUCGGCCUCUUGGACAAAGGGCUAGGAAAUGGUGAUAUGUCUCCUGAUCAUAUCAUGCCCAUUAAAUAUAAUCCAUUAUUUAGAGAGUUCUAGGGGACAAAAGGUAGUAUUUUCUUAUCAACACAGCUAUUUUUGUUCUCUCAUGUUGAUCUAAGUCAGAGACGGUGACAAUUAGCACCUGUGUUGUUGUGUGCUGUUUCGGUCCCAGUCCUGAUGUAUGUGUUGUUUUGUUCCUGCCACAUAAAUAGGACCAUAUGUAAACUUGAAUUUGACUGCAUGAGAUACCCCUAUCUGGUCUCACUCAGUCCUCUGCAUCCCAACAUUCCCAGGACAUGCAUGGUCACCAGCAUUUAUUUUCAUUGUUUAAGGAUAUUAUGUAUGUCAAAUGAUCAGCGUCCAGCCAUGUCCUACCUAGAUUAGGAAAAUUAUCAGGAUCACCCAGCUGAAUCAGUCUUGAGUAGAUUCACUAUUUUAAGUCAAUUCUUAAUAGCCCUAUUAAAAUUCCUGGAGGCAAAACUGAGGUUGGCC